GGGGGCUCCUUCACCGGCAAAGUGGAAAAAGAAGUGGUUCACAACCAAUUCUUCUUUUGGGGUUGGGGGAACACAUUGGAUUACAGCCGUUUUCUUCUGUUCAAAACUGGCGUCCCAGGAUGGAAGGAAAUCUACAAGUGGCCUGACAUCCGAUGCUCUAGAAAGUUCCGGGCUUGUUGCUUGGAUUCUCUUAAGAAGCUGAAAUAACUGAAGAGGAGCGGGGGCCUUCUGUUUUGGAGGGUUCUGUCCAACAGAGGAUGUUCUACACCCAUUGACACUUCAGAUCCAACUCCAUCUUCCGAAAUGAUCCCGAUGCCCAGAAUGCCCCUGGUGCUGCUCCUGCUCUUGCCCAUCCUGGGUUCUGCAAAAGCUCAGGUUAAUCCAGCUUCAUGUCGCUAUCCUCUGGGCAUGUCAGGAGGCCACAUUCCAGACGAGGACAUCACAGCUUCAAGUCAGUGGUCAGAAUCCACGGCUGCCAGAUACGGGAGGCUUGACUCUGAAGAAGGAGACGGAGCCUGGUGCCCCGAGAUCCCCGUGCAACCUGAUGACCUGAAAGAAUUUCUGCAGAUUGACUUACGUACCCUGCACUUUAUCACUCUUGUGGGGACCCAGGGGCGCCACGCAGGGGGUCAUGGCAUCGAGUUUGCGCCCAUGUACAAGAUCAACUACAGUCGAGAUGGCACUCGCUGGAUCUCCUGGCGCAACCGGCAUGGGGAGCAGGUGCUAGACGGGAACAGUAACCCUUACGAUGUUUUCCUGAAGGACUUGGAGCCGCCCAUUGUCGCCAGAUUUGUCCGCCUUAUCCCAGUCACCGACCACUCCAUGAAUGUGUGCAUGAGGGUUGAGCUUUAUGGUUGUGUCUGGCUAGAUGGCUUGGUGUCUUACAAUGCUCCAGUUGGGCAGCAGUUUGUACUCCCUGGAGGCUCCAUCAUUUAUCUGAAUGACUCUGUCUAUGAUGGAGCUGUUGGCUACAGCAUGACUGAAGGACUAGGCCAGUUGACCGAUGGGGUAUCCGGCCUGGAUGACUUUACCCAGACCCACGAAUACCACGUGUGGCCUGGCUAUGACUACGUGGGUUGGCGGAAUGAGAGUGCUACCAAUGGCUACAUCGAGAUCAUGUUUGAGUUUGACCGAAUCAGAAACUUUACUACUAUGAAGGUCCAUUGCAACAACAUGUUUGCUAAAGGUGUGAAGAUCUUUAAGGAGGUCCAGUGUUACUUCCGCUCGGAAGCCAGUGAGUGGGAGCCCACGGCCGUCUCCUUUCCCCUCGUCCUGGAUGAUGUGAACCCCAGUGCUCGGUUUGUCACGGUGCCUCUCCACCACCGAAUGGCUAGUGCCAUCAAAUGCCAGUACCACUUUGCCGACACAUGGAUGAUGUUCAGCGAGAUCACUUUCCAGUCAGAUACCGCAAUGUACAACAAUUCUGGAGCCUUGCCCACCUCUCCUAUGGCACCUACAACCUAUGAUCCCAUGCUUAAAGUGGAUGACAGCAACACUCGGAUCCUGAUUGGCUGCUUGGUUGCCAUCAUCUUCAUCCUGCUGGCUAUUAUUGUCAUCAUCCUGUGGAGGCAGUUCUGGCAGAAGAUGCUAGAAAAGGCCUCACGGAGGAUGCUGGAUGAUGAGAUGACAGUCAGCCUUUCCCUGCCCAGCGAGUCCAGCAUGUUCAAUAACAACCGCUCCUCGUCCCCAAGUGAGCAGGAGUCCAACUCUACUUAUGAUCGAAUCUUUCCCCUGCGCCCUGACUACCAGGAGCCGUCCAGACUCAUCCGAAAGCUCCCAGAAUUUGCUCCCGGGGAGGAGGAACCGGCCUGCAGUGGUGUUGUGAAGCCAGCCCAGCCCAACGGACCUGAAGGGGUACCUCAUUAUGCAGAAGCCGACAUAGUGAAUCUUCAGGGGGUGACAGGUGGCAACACCUACUCAGUGCCCGCUGUCACCAUGGACCUGCUGUCGGGGAAGGACGUGGCUGUGGAAGAGUUCCCCAGGAAACUAUUGGCCUUCAAGGAGAAACUGGGAGAAGGCCAGUUUGGGGAGGUUCAUCUCUGUGAAGUGGAGGGAAUGGAAAAAUUCAAAGACAAAGAUUUUGCUCAAGAUGUCAGUGCCAACCAGCCUGUCCUGGUGGCCGUGAAGAUGCUCCGAGCAGAUGCAAACAAGAAUGCCAGGAAUGAUUUUCUUAAGGAGAUAAAGAUCAUGUCUCGGCUCAAGGACCCAAACAUCAUCCGUCUCUUAGCUGUGUGCAUCACCGAUGACCCACUCUGCAUGAUCACGGAGUACAUGGAAAAUGGAGAUCUCAAUCAGUUUCUUUCCCGCCACGAGCCUCUGGGUUCUUGUUCUAGCAAUGCCACAGUCAGUUAUGCCAACCUGAAGUUUAUGGCUACCCAGAUCGCCUCUGGAAUGAAGUAUCUCUCAUCCCUUAACUUUGUCCACCGAGAUCUGGCCACCCGAAACUGCUUGGUGGGCAAGAACUACACCAUCAAGAUAGCUGAUUUUGGAAUGAGCAGGAACCUGUACAGUGGUGACUACUACCGGAUCCAGGGCCGGGCCGUGCUCCCCAUCCGCUGGAUGUCAUGGGAGAGCAUCUUAUUGGGCAAGUUCACCACAGCAAGUGAUGUGUGGGCCUUCGGGGUGACUCUGUGGGAGACUUUCACCUUUUGCCAGGAGCAGCCCUAUUCCCAGCUGUCGGAUGAGCAGGUCAUUGAGAAUACUGGAGAGUUCUUCCGAGACCAAGGGAGGCAGACUUAUCUCCCUCAACCAGCCAUUUGCCCCGACUCUGUAUAUAAGCUGAUGCUCAGCUGUUGGAGAAGAGAGACCAAGCAUCGGCCAUCAUUCCAAGAAAUACACCUUCUGCUUCUUCAACAAGGGGACGAGUGAUGUCAUCAAUGCCUGCCAAUGUUCCUGUGGCCCAGGUCCUUCCCACAAGACCUACCACUCACCCACGUUUAAGCCACUUCAUCUGGACAUUUAAUGGACCAAAGAGACAGAAAAGCGUUCACUUUACCCUCUUACUGUCUCUUGCCUCCUCCACUACACUUCCCUAUUCCCUACCACUGACUCAUAUAUACUUUUUUACAUGAAAUAACUAAAAAAGAAAAAAAAUAGAGCAGAUAAAAUUUAGUAAAAUAAAUAUUACUUGAUAUAUCUAAGUGUUAGAUAAUAAAGGCUAGAAACUCAGAUAAUUUAUAAAGGUUAUGCUUAUGUUUAUAAGUGUGCAGAUCCUGCAAUAUUUUCCAUGUCACUUUCUAUAGAAUACCUUUAGAAAGAAAAACUUGAAGAAUACGAAUGUCUUGGGAAGCAUGAGCUUAGGCAUAAGGAAAGGACUUGGUAGCCGUGAAGAAUUGCAGGACUUGGUACUCCGCAACUAAUGGAUGUCUUCUUGACUUGGCCUCUGGACUUGACCCAC